AUGGAGUCGAUUGCAGAUUUCGAUAAACAAGUUCUCGAUUUGAUGCUAGAUGAAGAUUCCAUCGAAGAAAACAUCGAUCUUGAAGUUGGGAAAGCUGAUGAAUUAAUGAGCAAGUACAACACUCCGAAGUUCAGAGUAGAACCACGUAUGAGCAAGGACUGCUUUGUCGAUAAUCCUAGUGCCGCUUCAAGUGUCUCGAGUCAUAUCAGUCAUUUGAGGUCAGUUUUGAAGCUUCCUAAAAUAGAAUUCACCAAAUUUGGUGGAGAUAUCAAGGACUGGCUGCAGUUUUGGAGCCAAUUCAAGAGAAUUAAUGACGAUGAGAGUUUGGAAAACGAAGACAAAUUUCAAUAUUUGAUACAGGCCACCAUACCGAUAUCUCGUGCUUACCAGCUGGUGAAGAGUUAUCCUCCCAUUGCGGAGAACUACCCUAACGUAAUCGAUAGUUUGAAGUCUCGUUUCGGCAAAGAUGAACUCCUGGUGGAGUUUUAUGUUCCAGAGCUCUUGAAAUUGGUGUUGAACAAUUCGAACACGAAAGUUUCUCUCAGUACCCUUUUCGAUAAGGUUGAAUCACAACUGCGAGCUCUGGAAACACUUGGCGUUACAUCUGAAAACUCCAUAUCAUUUACGACUGGACCUUUAUCGGAUUCCCUGUAUAUUCCCACUAUUUCAGUUUUCAUCCUCGGAAAUUGA